UCACGGCCCCGCCCCGCGGGGUGAUGCUGCAGCCGCAGCGGCGGGCCGGGGGCUGCCGGGCGGGGACCCGAGCUGCGCGCGGGCCAGGCGGGAGCCCGGCCUCGGAAGGGGAUGCCUCCUGUCUCGAGCCGCAGGCACUCGCACCGGCCCCCCCUACGAUGAUCCCCCCGGCGAGCGGCACCCCUCCGGGAGAGGCUCUGCUCCCCUCUUUGGCUCCUCAGGACUUCUGGAGGUCUCAGAUCUCCGGCUACACGGGGUCCGUGACCCGGCACAUCAGCCACCGAGCCAACAACUUCAAACGACACCCCAAGAGGAGGAAGUACAUUCGUCCCUCCCCGCCCCCGCCCCCCAACACCCCAUGUCCCAUCGAGCUGGUGGACUUUGGGGACCUGCACCCUCAGAGGUCCUUCCGGGAGCUGCUUUUCAAUGGCUGUAUUCUCUUCGGCAUCGAGUUCAGCUAUGCCAUGGAGACGGCAUAUGUGACCCCCGUGCUCCUACAGAUGGGCUUGCCUGACCAGCUCUACAGUCUGGUGUGGUUCAUCAGCCCCAUCCUCGGAUUCCUACUGCAGCCACUGUUGGGUGCUUGGAGUGACCGAUGUACCUCAAGGUUUGGAAGGAGACGCCCUUUCAUUCUUGUCCUGGCUAUAGGGGCGCUGCUGGGCCUCUCGCUCCUGCUCAAUGGCAGGGACCUGGGCGCGGCGCUGGCCGACUCGGCUGACAACCACAAGUGGGGCCUCCUGCUCACGGUGUGCGGGGUCGUGCUGGUGGACUUCAGCGCGGACUCGGCAGACAACCCCAGCCACGCCUACAUGAUGGACGUGUGCGGCCCCGCCGACCAGGACCGCGGCCUCAACAUCCACGCCCUCCUGGCGGGCCUCGGAGGAGGAUUCGGGUACGUGGUCGGGGGCAUCCACUGGGACAAAACCAGCUUCGGGAGAGCCCUGGGCGGGCAGCUGAGGGUCAUUUACAUCUUCACCGCGGUCACCCUGAGCGUCACCACCGUCCUUACACUGGUCAGCAUCCCCGAGAGACCCCUGCGGCCCCCCGGCGAGCAGAAGGCCACCAUGAAGAGCCCCAGCCUCCCCCUGCCGCCCUCCCCGCCCAUGCUGUGCGAGGAGGGGGCCGGCGAGCCCCUCCCCUGCCACCCGGCCACCAGCCUGUACGCCAGCUUCUCCAGCCCCAUCUCCCCGCUCAGCCCCCUGACGCCCAAGUACGGCAGCUUCACCAGCAGGGACGGCUCCCUGACCGGCAUCAACGAGUUCGCCUCGUCCUUCGCCACCUCCAACAUCGACAGCGUGCUCAUCGACUGCUUCACGGGCGGCCACGACAACUACCUGGCCAUCCCCGGCAGCGCCCCGCCACAGGCCAUUAGCCUCAGCUUCCCCCGGGCCCCCGACGGCUUCUACCGCCAGGACCGCGGCCUCGGGGACAGGCGGGAGGUGGCGCUGGCCGCCGGCCCCGACGGGGACGUGCUGAGGGUGGGCUCCCUGGACGCCCCCAAACCGCGAUCGGCCGGGAUCCUGAAGAGACCCCAGACCCUGGCCAUCCCGGAUGCAGCCGGAGGAGGGGGCCCCGAAACCAGCCGGAGGAGGAACGUGACCUUCAGUCAGCAGGUGGCAAAUAUUUUACUGAACGGCGUCAAGUACGAGAGCGAGCUGGCGGGCUCCAGCGAGCCGUCGGGGCAGCCUCUGUCCAUGAGGCACCUGUGUGUCACCAUCUGCAACAUGCCCAAGGCGCUUCGCAAUCUCUGCGUCAACCACUUCCUGGGGUGGCUGUCGUUCGAGGGAAUGCUGCUCUUCUACACGGACUUCAUGGGUGAGGUGGUGUUUCAGGGAGACCCCAAAGCCCCGCACACGUCGGAACAAUAUCAGAAAUACAACAGCGGCGUCACCAUGGGCUGCUGGGGGAUGUGCAUUUACGCCUUCAGUGCCGCCUUCUACUCAGCUAUUCUCGAGAAGCUAGAAGAAUACCUCAGCAUCCGCACACUGUACUUCAUUGCCUACCUGGCCUUUGGCCUGGGGACCGGGCUCGCCACCCUGUCCAGGAACCUGUACGUGGUCCUGUCGCUCUGCAUAACCUACGGGAUUUUAUUUUCCACCCUGUGCACCCUGCCCUACUCGCUUCUGUGCGAUUACUACCAGAACAAAAAGCUUCUUGGAGAAACCCCCUGAACACCCCGAGAAAUGAGCCUGAGAGCAGCUACACCAUGAAAGCGAGGGGCCUGUUCACACGUUGAGAAUGUCAAGUGGCCGGCAGCAGAGGGCACAGACCUGAGCGCAUAGCCGCCCCGUUCGUGGCGGUACUUGGGCAGCGGGGAGGGAGGAAGGGGAGGCCCGCCCCUUUGCGUCCUCCAGUGUCAGGCUUCGGGGUCACCCGUUCGCCCAGGGCCUCAGGUGAGGCAAGCAGGGGCUUGCCUUGGACACACAAAACUCAGGGAUCAAGGUCAAUGAUAGGAGAAUGCAGUAUUUCGAAAGACGGGAAUUGGUGCCGAAACCCCGCACUGAACGCGGUAGCAGGACUUUAAGCAGAGACCGGGUAAGUCGCGGCACCGUGCCGAGCCACGGUGGAGUCUGAGGCAGAAGGAUAAAGAAGGAAGCCGAACCCUGCCUUUGUAUAAAAUGUUGAUGUUGUGUUCAGCAUGGAUUUUCCUUUAACAGCCUUACUGAGCUAGAACACACCGCACAAUACAGUCCGCCCCUUUCAGGCAUACCAUGUACCCACGGAGCUGUGCGACUGUCACCACAAUCGAUUCAGAACAUUUCCGUCGCCCCCGAGAGAAACCCCACACCCAUUAGCCAUCCCCCUUCCUUCCACCGCACACCCCCACCCCUGCCCCCGCGACCACGAGUUGACUUUGUGCCCCCUGUGCACUCGCCUGUCCGGGACGUUUCAUGUAAACGAAAUCACGUACACGGGGCCUCUGUGUCUGGCUUCUCUCACUCAGCAUCAGGCUCUCAAGGUGCGUGGCCUGUCAGUGUGUCCGUCACUCCUUCUUAUGGCCGACAAUGCUCCCAUCCAAGAUUUUUUUGCGGUAACUUUGAGAUCUUAAAAUGCUGCAUUAAAAGAUCACCUUGACACCUGGGUUUCUUCGCACCCCCUUUUCAUUCAGGGCCUCUGCCGCCUCCCCCAGGCCCGGCCCAGGAGGCAUCCUGAGUUGUUGUAAGGAGUUUGGAGUCUCUGAUGAACUCAGUGGGGGCCGGCUCUGAGCACAGUAUUUUUUGUGAGAAGUCCAAUCGGCCCAGAGACCCAGGCACUACAAGGGGCCAGACCCGGGGCCUCUGGGUGGUAGCCGCGGUGGCCCCUCCCAGCCCCUUCUCCGCCAGCAGCUGGACUCCCAGCUACGCGGACAGGCAGUGGCCCGUCUGCACUCUCCCCCAGGGCAGGGCUGAGGCUGUGAGGGCUGGAGAGUGAGCCCCGUGCACGACUCGAACAUCCAGCCGGCACCUGCAGAGCCGCCACAGCCGGCGCCAACGGCACCCAAGGGACCAAGAGGGGAGGGAGACCCCCUGACUGGGAAGACAGAUGGGCCAGCUGUCGGCACCAGGCUGCCCCACCAGGCGGCAAGGGACGCCCAGAGCCUCGGGCCGCCCUCGCGCUGCUCAAAGCCUUGGGACUCUGGCUCUAGGGUCUCCUAGAUGCUCACAGUCCUGUCAGUCUCUGCUCCGUUGCAGGUUCGGGGCUAACCCGUGACCUCCCCACCACGGUGGCCUUGCCAACCGUGUGUAGCCACGGGGAGCCACAGUUUCCCCAGGACACACGAGGGUCCCCUCCACAGCCCCUCGAGGACACAGCCUUGCCUGGGGAGGGGGGCUUGGCAAUAUCCCAGAGGCAACCACGGCCGCGUCUGGAGGCGGGCCGG